AUGUCGGCCUAUCCGGGAGCCCUUGAGCUUGUCUGGAUCAAUGCUUCACCCAUAGGUCCGACCAAGGAUGACCAUAUCGAUCCACAAAUGUAUCAAGUCAUCCGUGUCCCGUGCAAUGUCAGCAAGACAAUCUCUCGUUCUUCCGCAAUUGACCCGGCCACACUUGUGAACGACUUGUCUGACAAGAUCCUCUUCCCCCUGGCCAAAGUUGUUUCCCGCGAGCAUGCAAGGAUCGAAUGGGUGAAAGGGGAGCCCGUCAUCAAGAACCUCGGAUCGACUCAUGGCACCUAUGUCGCUAAGCGCCGUGCAACUUUCCUUUCCUCAGGACAAGUGGUCGACGGAAUCACUCAAGCUCCCUUUAGGUCGGUCGAAGGUGUUUACACCCUCGUUCCAGGCGAUCUAAUCGAGUUCGGCAAGCCCUGCAACCGCACGGACGCUCAGCAUCAUCCGGUCCGUUGCUACGUACGCUUUGCUCCGGGCAAACCUAUAUCCACCUCGGCGCAGUCGAGUACCUACCCUCAGGUUUUGGCAGCCGCGCAAAAGCAGGCAAGGCGCUACAGCCUUCUCGAUGACAGCCUCGAUUCUGAAUCUGACAUAGUCAGUAUCGAUGAAGCUACUUUCACGACCAUCCCAUCGAGGCUCUCUUCACAACUCACCAAGACCUCUCCCGCACCUGCCGGCCCCGUCGCCAUCUAUCCGACCCAGGCUACCAUCGUUGAUCUCUCUGGCGAUGACGACGAUGAGGAUAUCCAAAGCGCCAGACCUGCCGCCUCAGACUUUGAUUCGGAGGACGGUGGAGAUCGCAUGAAGGAACACGGUGUUAGUGUCAGUGAGUCGGAGAACUCGCUCGAUUCGCUCGACUUGCCGCACGUGCUUUGGCGCCAGCUUGAUCAGGAGCUUGCUGACGUGCCGGCCGCGCCUUCUCAUGUUGCGCAGGAAGUCUGUUCGCCUGCAACGAGCGACGGCAUCGCCUCAGCUUCAUCUGCUGGCGAGGCCCACAACGAGGAGCCCAUUGAAAAGGCAGCUAUCGCGGAUCGGGCAGUUUCGAGCAGCGAGCCUAUUUCGUCCACCGUUGACGAUGGCGACAAAACUCCAGCAUCUCUGCUUUCGACCCCAGCUCCCGAGUCGCUCCCUACGGAGCCCAUUCAGGCUGUCGUCACAGCCGAAAAGGAGGAGGGUGAGCUCCACAUGCCGCUCAAGCGCAAGAUGAUGUUGAUCGACUCCGAUGACGAGGAAGGAGAGGGGUCUGUAUUCAGCUCGCAGGCUUCGUCACUCUCUUCCAUGUCUUCGACGCUGUGCACUUCUGACUCCGGCUCCCCCUCGCCUAGCAAGAAGAGGCGCACAACGGUUCGUCACGAUAAAGAAAGGCGUCGUCCGGCAGAGUCCAUCUCCCGCCGUCCCAGUAUCAAGACGCUCAUCACCAAGGCAGUCUACACCACGAGCCUGCUUUCCAUCGGAUUUCUAGGCGGAUCGUUCUUCACAUUCAAGAGCAUGCUGAACGCCGCUGCUGCUGCAAAUGCUCCUGGCUCGGGCAAGUAG